GUGACCCAUGACAGUGACAAAACUGACAAGUUGAAUACAUUUUCUGGAGCUCGAGUUAAACUUUUCUCUUGUACAUUGUUAAUUCGUAUUUUAUAUAAAUUAGUAAAAACAAACUUUAUGCGUAGAUUCAAGUGAUUAAAGGGUCCUUUAGAUAAUUACUAGGAAAAGCGUAACGUUAUUUUGAUAUUUAUUAUUCGUACGUUAUACAAUAUAACCUAGAAAUGUCGGUCACCAACAUUGAUACAGUAGAUAACUUUAUAAAUUUCGUAAGGUCACCAUCAUUAACUGUUGUUCACUUCUCUGCUGAUUGGGCGGAUCAAUGUGGUCAAGUUACGGAUAUCCUUAAAGAACUAUUAAAACUACCAGAAGUACAAUCAAGUGGCAGUAAAUUUGGUGUAUGUGACGCCGAAAACCUCUCUGAAAUCUCAUUGAAAUAUAAGGUUGAUUCUGUGCCUACAGUAAUAUUAUUUAAAAAUGGGAAUCAAAUAGACAGAAUCGAUGGAGCUGAUGCAGCUCAAAUAACUUCAAAAGUUAAAAGUCACAGCGGCUUUUCAGAUACAAAUAAUAUCACACCUAAACUAUCCCUGGAGGAUAGAUUAAAAGCUCUAAUAAAUAAACAUAAUGUCAUGGUGUUCAUGAAAGGGACAAGAGAUGCUCCAAGAUGUGGUUUUAGUAAAACUCUGAUACAGAUCCUUAAUGGUACUGGAGUCCAGUAUGACACCUUUGAUAUUCUAACGGAUGAAGAAGUCCGCCAAGGCCUGAAGACGUAUUCUGACUGGCCCACUUAUCCCCAAUUAUACGUCAAGGGAGAAUUGGUAGGGGGAUUAGAUAUCAUUAAAGAACUUCAAGCAAAUGGUGAACUGGAGUCUACUCUAAAUGCUUAAACUGUGGUUGUCAACAUUAUGUUGCUAAUUUUUUUAUUUAUUUAAUAAAAUAAUAUAAUUCUUCA